UCUCAGAAAGAAGAACCAAAAGAUAAAAAGAUGGAAAACUGGAGAGGAAAAAAUAAGAAAAUGAGAGGAUCAACUUGGAAAUCUAAUUGGAAUUCCAUGAAGAGACAUCUGUGGAACUAGAAAAGAGGAAAUUAUCAAAGAGGCAAAAAAAUUUCCCAGAGCCAUGAAACACACAUCUCUAGGUUGAAAGACCUACUGAGUGCCAGCAAAUGGAAAAAAAAAAAAACCUACAGUGAGGGACAUUACUGUGCUCUUUUAGAACAUCAGGGUUAAAGAGAAGCUCUGAGAGGAGGAAAGAUCAAAUACAAAGCAGGUCACCUGUAAGAAUAAACAGUGGUUCUCCCCUCCCCAGUGUGAGCCUCAGCAUCAGCAGCAUCUGGGAACUUGGUAGAAAUGCAGAUUCUCAGGUCACACCCAGGCCUACCGAAACGGAAACCCCGAGUGUGGGGCUCAACAAUCUGUGCUCCAAGAAGCCCCCCACUCCCAGUUCUGGUGCCUGUUGCAAUUUAAGAAACACUGGAGUUGAGAAGCAGAAUGGCCUCUGGCUCCUCAAACUUACAUCCUUGAGUGUUGUGAUAGGGUAAAACAGUCUUCAAAACCCAAAGGAACAUGGUUUCUAAUCUCAGCUUGGUACACGCCCAACUGUCAAUCCCGUAAAGACGUUUCCAAGUAUGAAAAAAAAAAAGUACCUCUACAGAUGGUUUCUUAGAAAGCUCAUGGAGGAUAUGCCCCAGGAAAAUGAGGUAGUAAACCAAGGAAGACUGGGCAGCCAGGAAUUGGGACUCCCCUAGGAAAGAAAUCCCCCAAAAGUGAGGCCAGGAUCUGUAAGAGGCUACAGUUUUAUAUGAUGAUUUUGUGAAGCCUCUGUAGCAAAUCUGGUCAUUUGCCGAAUUGUCAUCCAAAUGCACAACUCCUUAGAGCUGGAAGAGGACAUUUCCUUCCAUUUCCUCCCAUUGACAGAAAAUCAAGGUUUACAAAGUAUGGUAGAUCAAGACAUACAACUGGGAACAGAAUCAAAAUCUACUUGCUGGGGAGCUGUGGUAUGAACUGCUGCUUCAAAGAGAUCCUACUUUUGACAGGUUGAUUGAUGUAUGGAAUCCCACUUUUAUGUUUACUUUUUCUGGCUGGCAGCUGUGGUGGUCAUACCACUUUCUGAUGGAUGUAUGCAUCUUGAACCACCGUUGAGGUACAUCCUUAUGGGCCAAUCUAAAGCUUGAUCUAGAGUUUCAAGACUAAUUAAGACUAUUUGGUCACUUCAGCAUCUUGAAUCCAUUCACUUAAUCCUGAGUUUUGGGAACCAAAUAUGAAUCAGAGAUUUUCUUCAAUCACAAGUAAAUCACAAACUUAUGGGGAGACUCAAACUCACAGCUUAACCAUAGCAGUGGUUUGACCUGUGAAAAUGGCUGUGGAAGACCCUGCCUCAAAAGAGAGAGCUGGAAACAAGAUUGUGGAAAUAUUACCUGAACAUCUGAGACGGUUUCAGUCCCUCGAAACUUUGGACCUGAGUGGCAAUAAUAUUUCAGAGCUUAAAACUGCACUUCCACCCCUACAACUCAAAUAUCUGUAUAUCAACAGCAACCGAGUGACAUCCAUGGAACCUGGGUAUUUUGACAGUCUGGCCAACACACUCCUGGUGCUGAAGCUGAACAGGAACCGAAUCUCAGCUCUCCCACCCAAGAUGUUUAGACUGCCUCAACUGCAACACCUUGAACUGAACCGAAACAAGAUCAAAAACGUCGAUGGGCUCACGUUCCAAGGGCUUGGUGCUCUGAAGUCUCUGAAAAUGCAAAGAAACGGAGUGACAAAACUUAUGGAUGGGGCUUUCUGGGGGCUGAGCAACAUGGAAAUCUUGCAGCUGGACCAUAACAACCUAACAGAGAUUACCAAAGGCUGGCUUUACGGCCUGCUGAUGCUGCAGGAACUUCAUCUCAGCCAAAAUGCCAUCACCAGGAUCAGCCCUGAUGCCUGGGAGUUCUGCCAGAAACUCAGUGAGCUGGACUUAACUUUCAAUCACUUAUCAAGGUUGGAUGAUUCAAGCUUCCUGGGCCUAAGCUUGCUAAAUACACUGCACAUUGGGAAUAACAAAGUCAGCUACAUUGCUGAUUGUGCCUUCCGGGGGCUUUCCAGUUUAAAGACUUUGGAUCUGAAGAAUAAUGAAAUUUCUUGGACCAUUGAGGACAUGAAUGGUGCCUUCUCUGGGCUUGACAAACUGAGGCGGCUGAUACUCCAGGGAAACCGGAUUCGAUCCAUUACCAAAAAAGCCUUCACUGGUUUGGAUGCAUUAGAACAUCUAGACCUGAGCGACAACGCAAUCAUGUCAUUACAAGGCAAUGCAUUCUCACAAAUGAAGAAACUUCAGCAACUGCACUUAAAUACAUCAAGCCUUUUGUGCGAUUGCCAACUAAAAUGGCUCCCACAGUGGGUGGCGGAAAACAACUUUCAGAGCUUUGUAAAUGCCAGUUGUGCCCAUCCUCAGCUGCUGAAGGGAAGAAGUAUUUUUGCUGUUAGCCCAGAUGGCUUUGUGUGUGAUAGCAGAUCUGGAUCAAAAACCCAAGUUUUCCUCUCUCUGGUGCCGUCUUCCAUCUGCUGCACUACACUGCCGUUUACUAUUUGCUGCCACGGAGACCUUUGUAAAACUAAAUAUGAUUUUCCUAAACCCCAGAUCACAGUUCAGCCAGAAACACAGUCGGCAAUAAAAGGUUCCAAUUUGAGUUUUAUCUGCUCAGCUGCCAGCAGCAGUGAUUCCCCAAUGACUUUUGCUUGGAAAAAAGACAAUGAACUACUGCAUGAUGCUGAAAUGGAAAAUUAUGCACACCUCCGGGCCCAAGGUGGGGAGGUGAUGGAGUACACCACCAUUCUUCGGCUCCGCAGUGUGGAAUUUACCAGUGAAGGGAGAUAUCAGUGUGUCAUCUCCAAUCACUUUGGUUCAUCCUACUCUGUCAAAGCCAAGCUCACAGUAAAUAUGCUUCCUUCGUUCACCAAGACCCCCAUGGACCUCACCAUCCGCGCUGGGGCCAUGGCACGCUUGGAGUGCGCUGCCCUGGGACACCCGGCCCCACAGAUAGCCUGGCAGAAGGAUGGGGGCACAGACUUCCCGGCCGCGAGGGAGAGACGCAUGCAUGUAAUGCCCGAGGAUGACGUGUUCUUUAUCGUGGACGUGAAGAUAGAGGACAUCGGGGUGUAUAGCUGCACCGCUCAAAACAGUGCAGGAAGCAUUUCUGCAAAUGCAACUCUGACUGUCCUCGAGACGCCAUCAUUUUUGCGGCCCCUGUUAGAUCGAACUGUAACCAAGGGGGAAACGGCCGUCCUGCAGUGCAUCGCGGGAGGGAGCCCUCCUCCCAGAUUGAACUGGACCAAGGAUGACAGCCCUUUGGUGGUCACUGAAAGGCACUUUUUUGCAGCAGGCAACCAGCUGCUAAUCAUUGUGGACUCUGAUGUCAGGGACGCCGGGAAGUACACAUGUGAAAUGUCUAAUACUCUGGGCACCGAGAGAGGCCACGUGCGCCUCAGCGUGAUCCCCACCCCCACCUGCGACUCCCCUCAGAUGACCGCCUCGUCACUGGACGAUGAUGGAUGGGCCACCGUGGGCAUCGUGAUCAUCGCGGUGGUUUGCUGCGUGGUGGGCACGUCACUCGUGUGGGUGGUCAUCAUAUACCACACACGGCGGAGGAACGAAGAUUGCAGCAUCACCAACACAGAUGAGACCAACUUGCCGGCUGACACCCCGAGUUAUUUGUCAUCUCAGGGAACAUUAGCUGACAGACAGGAUGGGUACGUCUCCUCAGAAAGUGGAAGCCACCACCAGUUUGCCACUUCUUCAGGAGGCGGAUUUUUCUUACCACAACACGGCAGUAAUGGGACAUGCCACAUUGACAACAGCAGUGAAGCCGACGUGGAAGCUGCCACAGACCCGUUCCUUUGUCCCUUUUUGGGACCCUCAGGCCCUGUGUAUUUGAAGGGGAGUGUGUAUGGCUCAGACCCUUUUGAAGCCUAUCAUACAGGUUGUGGUCCUGACCCAAGAACAGCUUUAAUGGAACACUUUGAGUCCAGUUACAUAAAGAAGAAGGAGGGCUACCCGUGUCCUCAUCCUUCAGAAGAAUCCUGCGAGCAGAGUGUCAGUGAUACAGGAUGGCCUUCCCAUGUGAGGAAGUUACUCAGCUCUUCUUACUCUCAACACGAAGGACCUGGAAUGAACAACUUAUGUCUGAACAAGUCUUCGGCAGAUUUUAGUCCAAGUCCAGAGCCAGCAUCGGUUACUUUGAGUAAAUCUUUCAUGGGAACGUUUGGAAAGCCUCUGAGAAGACCUCACCUGGAUGCCUUUUCAAGCUCUGGACAGUCAUCAGAUUGUCAGCCAAGAACCUUUCACUUGAAAGCUCGUUCUUCCCCGAACUUGGACUGUGAGUCAGAGGAAGAUGGGAAAGAAAGGACAGAUUUUCAGCAAGAAAAUCACGCAUGUACCUAUAAACAGACCUUAGAAAACCACAGGACUUCAAAUUUUCAGUCUUAUGACUUGGACACAUAGACUGAACGGGACCAAGGAAGAGUUCUAACAUACUACCUCAAGUGGACUUUUAUUUAAAAGAGAGAGAAUCCUAUGUUUUUAAGUGGAGCUAUGAAUUUUAAAAGGAUAAAAUGUCUUAUUUAUACCAAUGGACCAAAAUUACAAAAAGUUAUAAAAAUUUUAUACUGGGAGUAACUUUCAUAUAAGAAUACCUUUUAAAACUAUUUUACUAUUUUAUAACUUUGCUUUAUGCAGAAAAUAUCUUAUGUAAAUUAAUGGUAUAAAUCCAUGACUAUUUUAUGUAUUUUUAUAAUGCCAGAUUCCUUUUUAUUGAAAAUGAGUACUAAAGCAUUUUAAACAAUAACUGUCUUGUACGUUUUUUGAAUAGAGGUCACUUCAUUUUAGUUUGCACAUUACAUUUAAUAAAUGUGUCAUUUUGACCCCAAGCCCCAUCUAUACGAGAACAAUCUUCAUUAUUUUCAACACAUUGUAGGCUUAGUGAUUUCAUAUUAUGACGUCUCACGUUGGUGAAAAUUGCAUUCAGCACGUUAAAAUAUGAACACAUGAUUGUUCUUCGUACCUCCCAGGGUGGUUGUAAUAUAGACUCAAACCAGGGAGCUCCAGAGAUCUGAGGUACACUAAUUUAUUUCUAACUCUACACAUGAAAAGAUGUGUUGUCGUCCAGUGUACUGUCGUACAACCACCAUUGCUGAAAUCACUGCUCACGCCACGUUUCCUUAAUUAUAAUAAUGCUUUAUGUCGUCUAAUGCUUUGUGCUUUUCCAAAUAGUUUCACAUCCACCAUCACUUUGAUUAUAACAAGAGUGGUUUAUUUCGCAUUUCUAUAGUUAAAAUGUCUAGAGCAGAUGUGGUGUUCAUCCUCUGUUCCAGGUUAUAAUGGGAUGCUGGUGGAAUUCUUUGCUGUGCUUGGCUUUCUCCUGAAUGAGCAGUUCUUACAGAAAAGGUACGCUUAAGCUAUUCUGCAACAUUCUUGAAGAAUUAAAAUAUUUUCCUAAUUUGGUCACCACAAUUCUACUUGUUAAAAACUGAGUAUCCAAUCUGUUACUUAAACGUAUACAGUUAUUUAAAAUACUUGUUUUAAGCAGUAUAUAGGUGAAAAUAUCAUUACAUGACUGGCCUAUAUACACAUACAAAAAAGAAUAUAGUCAUUUCCAAAAUUAAGUGACAUAGUUUGAAGUAAUUGAAUGAAACAAACAUUAAGUUUACUAAUUCAGACGGUGAAACUUUUUUUUCCCUUAUUAGCACUGAAGAAGUUCAUAUAGUACAUUAAACUUUAAAAUCUA